AUGGACGGCAUCGCAAACAAGAUUGAAAUAGUCGAGGAGAAGCAGCGUCCGCUUCCAACGAUGCCAACACCGCCCAAUGGAUGUCCUCCCGUGGAAACUCCACAGUAUUGUGAUGUCUGCUACUUCGCGGGGCACCAUGCAUCAAAUGCCGUGGCAAGAAACGUAUGCACCCCGAUCGUGUACGCAAGUACGGUAUUAGAAGUUUCUGGAAGUGAAGUGUCUUUGGACUAUCCUGAAGUGGAGAAUGAUCAAAUGCGGGCUUUGGACAUACUCGCUGCUUACUACGUCAAACUGGGUCACAAAGAGCGAACUUCGAAAGAAAGAAAGCGCGAUUUGUUUUCUAAAGCGACGUUGUUGUAUACGACUGCAGAUAGGAUAAAAAUGUAUGAUAUGCCACAUCUUACUGGGCGGGCGUACUUCUGUCUGGUGGAAGAAAGAGCGAGCAAAGUGGAUCAGGCCGAUCAGCAGUUCAAUUUUGUUCUGAAGCAGGUAAUUCAUAAAUUUCUGCAACCUGAUAACAGAACGGAGUGUGGCCAUGAGACUAGAAACAUAUUGAGACUUUUUGCAGGAGCAUACGAUAUACCAGCAAUGAUGGGUAAGGCUAUAAUUGCCUUCAGCAAACAAGAUUACAAGACCGCUUUGUAUUUUUUAAAAAGGGCCCUGAGGCAAAAGCCAGAUGGCCCUGCUGACAUGAGAGUUGGUAUCGGUUAUUGCUUAGCGAGAUUAGGACUGACUGAUAAGGCUAGAAUCGCUUUUGAACGAGCGUUGGAAUUGCAAAAUGACAAUGGUGAUACUGCUUACCCUUGA